AUGUCAGCACACGCCAGCCUGCUCCUUCUCAUCACCGUGUGUGUGUCCAUGCAGGAAGGUUCUGGACAUCCACUGUCAGAGAGGCCUAAGUCCAGUGAUCUGGCUCCACCUCACAGAGUGCGGACCAAACGCUGUGCCUGCAACAACCAGCUGGACUCUGAAUGCCACUACUUUUGCCAUCUCGACAUCAUCUGGGUCAACACACCAAGUAAGACCACUGUUUACGGCUUGGGCAGCCCUCUGUCACGUCGCCGUAGGUCCGCCGGUCGCUGUGUGUGUGCAGACUCUGACGACCACACCUGCAUCAGCUUCUGUCUGGACAGCUCAGAUAACUCUUCACCCCAGAGUGCCAUUAAGAGCUCCCGUGCCAACCUGUUGACUUUCCUUAGAUCUAUGGUCAGAGCCUCUGAGAGAACCAGGGGAUGGGCCUUCCCACCCAGGAAGGAAGCAGCCAGGGCCCCUGGGCUUGAUGAGCGCUAA